AUGGUCUCGCUUCUCUUGGAAAAAGGCGCCGACAUCGACGCCAAAAACAACCUUUUUGACGCAUUGCGCGAAGAGCGCUUUCAGGACGCCAUGUGCAUUCUUCAGGACAACCUUAUCCACGUCAACCUGCGCGACAGCUCUCAAACGCCGUUGCUGCACCUGGUCGUGGCUACGCAGGAUCUGACGCUGCUCCAAACGCUGCUUCAAAAACCUGACCUCCAGAUCGAUGCCAAAGACUCGAAAGGCGAGACGGCGUGGCAUGUGGCGGCUGCCCACGGCCACACGUCUAUCCUCACGAAGUUGCUGCAAGUGACCACGAACGAGAACGGCAUCGACAUCGCCAACCACAUGGGACAGACACCGCUCCACAUUGCGUCCGAGAAGGCCCACGACAGUGUGGUCAAGUACCUUUUGGACGUCGACGCCAAUGGCUUUGCCAAAGACAAGGUCUCACCAUCUCAACACACCUCAUAG